UUUUUUUUUUUUGGGGGGGGGGGGGGGCAACCUUUCACUUCUCUUCUCAUAUCUCAUCAUCGUCUCUCUCCGCUUCGUUAAUCUCUGCGAUGUUGAUCUUCCAGGAGGAGGGCUUCUCUCUUCUAACAACCUUAACCUCUUCUCGUCACUCCUAACCUCGUAACUCUCGCUCUUCAGUUGCAGAAAAAACCUAACACCAAUAAUCCUCGUUCUCGGCAAAUGCCCGGUUCUCAGCUUCCCCCCCUCCCCCACCCUUCUUCCCUGCUGAGGUUUCUCGGAAUCGUGAAUUAUUGAAGCCGAAGCUUUCCCUCAGCUCCCUCCGUGCAUCUUUCUAGGUCGAAGAUUUUCAGCUUUAUUCCUCUCUGCUGUAAGGAAAGCCAUUUCCCGGUAAUUAAAGCGAAGCGCUGCUGCGAUUCCUGACUUGAUUUGGGGUUUUUGUGGCUCCGAGUUCUGAGCAAUGCGGGCUCGGAUUUGCUGAAAUUGAGGUGAGGUGUCCGGGUUGCGAGCACUGGGAGUCACUUCCUCCCCGGAAGCUCGAGUCUUUGGAGGAAGGAACAGGAGUUUCGAUCGGAGUCUUCUUCUUAUUUUUUUUUUGGGUUUCGAGCAGUGCGGCUCUGAAUUCGUUGGGAUUUCGAUAAGGAGCUGCCGUUCCGAGAUUUGGGAGUCAGUCGUUCUCCGAAAGUUGGAGCCUUUGGAGGCAAAACUUUCACCGGAAGUUUCUGAUCGGGGGAUUGUAAGGGUUUUUGAGCCAGGAUGAUGUUGUCGGCGUCUCCCACGUCGAUGGCGCGGAGCUCCCUGGAGGAAAUGCUUGAUUCGCUCCGCCGCCGAGAUGAGGCCGAAAAGCCUAAAGACUUGCCGCCUGCCUUGCCCGCGAGGCCCACUUCGAAGGCCCGCCUUCCCUCGUCCAGGCAGCGGUCCUUGCCGAUGAACUUCAAGGUUGAGAAUGGUAAUAGCAAUAAUCCCAUGAACACUAAUAAUCAGCUUGAUUUUACUUCGAGCGAGGUGAAUAAAGCAAAGGAAGAUUCCAAGAGGAAAGAGAAAGAAUUGGGUAGCAGUAGGAGCAGUUUUGGGAGCAAGAAAAUGAAGAAAGAUCCGAAUGUGGAGUCCCCUUACGGAAUUGAUGUAGACGAGAGAAAAGGGGGGAUCGGUUGUCACACAGUUGGGUCAGAUGCAGAUUCGGGUUUGGCUCCGAGGAUAAAGGAGCCGGACUGGGAAGAUAACAUUGGCUACUUUAUCAAGAAGAAACUCUCUAUUUGGUGCCGAUUAGCUAGCGGCCAGUGGGAGUUGGGAACGAUAUUAUCAACUUCAGGAGAAGAAGCUUGUGUUUUGCUUUCAAACAGAAAUAAUAUUAAAGUGCCAACGGGAGAACUUCUACCUGCAAACCCUGAUCUCCUUGAGGGUGUAGAGGAUCUUAUACAGCUUAGUUAUUUGAAUGAGCCAUCUGUACUUCACAACCUCCUGUACAGAUACUCCCGGGAUAUGAUUUAUAGUAAAGCAGGGCCGGUAUUGAUCGCAAUUAACCCGUUUAAAGAUACACAAAUUUAUGGGAGAGAUGUCAUUGCAUCUUAUAGACAGAAAACUGCUGGUAGCCCUCAUGUUUACACCAUAGCAGACACUGCUUAUAAUGAGAUGAUGAGAGAUGAAGUAAAUCAGUCUAUCAUCAUAAGUGGUGAAAGUGGAGCAGGAAAGACAGAAACAGCCAAAAUCGCAAUGCAAUAUUUGGCUGCUCUUGGAGGUGGCAGUAAUGCUGGGAUAGAGCACGAGAUCCUUCAGACAAGCUGUAUACUGGAAGCAUUUGGAAAUUCAAAAACGUCCAGAAAUGACAAUUCUAGCAGAUUCGGAAAGUUCAUUGAAAUCCACUUUAGCACAUCGGGCAAGAUUUGCGGUGCUAAAAUCCAAACUUUUUUGCUAGAAAAGUCUAGAGUUGUUCAAUUGGCUAAAGGAGAAAGAUCGUACCACAUAUUUUACCAACUCUGUGCUGGUGCUCCUUCAUCUCUUAAAGAAAGACUACACUUAAAAUUAGCACAUGAGUACAACUACCUACAUCAAAGCGGCUGUUUGACGAUUGAUGGGGUUGAUGAUGCAAAAAGAUUUCAUGACCUUUUGAAAGCAUUGGAUAUAGUGCGGAUACCAAGAGAAGAUCAGGAACAGGCGUUUGCAAUCCUCGCUACAGUUUUAUGGCUUGGGAAUGUAUCAUUUCAAGUAAUUGAUAAUGAAAAUCAUGUGGAUGUGGUAGCUGAUGAAGCUGUCACCAUUGCUGCAAGCUUGAUGGGCUGCAGAGCUGAAGAUUUGAUGUUGGCUUUAUCUACCCGUAAAAUUGUAGCUGGGAAAGAUAGCAUUUCUAAGAAGUUGACUCUGCAGCAGGCAAACGAUACGAGAGAUGCAUUGGCAAAGUUUCUCUAUGCUGGCUUGUUCGACUGGCUCGUGGAACAAAUAAACAAGUCACUUGCAGUGGGGAAACAAUGUACUGGAAGGUCCAUAAAUCUCUUAGAUAUUUAUGGGUUCGAGUCCUUUAAGAAAAACAGCUUUGAGCAAUUCUGUAUUAAUUAUGCAAACGAGAGGCUGCAACAGCAUUUUAACCGACAUUUGUUCAAGCUGGAGCAGGAGGAUUAUGAAGUGGACGGAAUAGAUUGGACUAAAGUUGAUUUCGAAGAUAAUGAGGACUGUUUGAACCUGAUUGAAAAGAAACCAUUGGGUAUUCUAUCUUUGUUGGACGAGGAAUCAAAUUUUCCCAAAGCCACUGAUUUGACCUUUGCAGACAAACUCAAGCGGCAUCUAAAAGAUAAUCCUUGCUUUAAAGGCGAAAGAGAUGGGGCUUUCUGCCUUCGUCACUAUGCUGGAGAGGUUCUAUAUGAUACGAGUGGUUUCUUGGAGAAGAACAGAGACUCCGUGCUUGUUGAUUUAAUUCAAUUCCUCUCUUCGAGCACUUGCCAAUUGCCACUGUUAUUUGCAUCAAGAGUAUUCGGUCAAUCCCCUACAGCAGGAAGCCCAUUGAAACACCCGAGUUCAAUUGAUUCUCAGAAACAGAGCGUUGGUAUGAAGUUCAAGGGUCAACUUUUUAAGCUUAUGCAUCAGCUGGAGACUACGAAGCCUCAUUUUAUACGUUGCAUAAAACCGAAUACGAAACAGCUUCCAGGUCUCUAUGAGAAGGACCUUGUCUUACAACAGCUCAGGUGUUGCGGAGUUCUAGAGGUUGUCAGAAUAUCGAGAUCGGGAUACCCAACUCGAAUUCCUCAUCAGGAAUUUGCUGAAAGGUAUGGGUGUCUACUUUUGGAUACAAAUGUUUCGAAGGAUCCAUUGAGUGUAUCAGUGGCAGUCUUGCAACAGUUCAACAUCCUUCCUGAAAUGUAUCAAGUUGGUUACACCAAGUUGUAUCUUCGAACAGGGCAGAUUGCUGCACUGGAGGACAAGCGGAGACAAUUUCUGCAGGGAAUAGUUGGUGUGCAGAAAUGUUUCCGAGGUUGCCAAGCUCGUCAUCAUUUCAGCGAACUUAAAAACGGGGUGACUGCUCUUCAAUCAUUUGUCCGUGGAGAAAUUGCACGAAGGAAAUUCCAGGCUUUGAAAAAGAAAGGCAGAACUUCUGCUCCUGAAACAUCACUUGAGGCGCCACAGAAGGAAAUAAUAUACAUACAGUCCGCAAUACGUGGAUGUUUAGCUCGUAAACAAUUGGAUCACUUGCGCAAGAUGAACACAUUAGGUUCCGAGACUUGGAAGCCUAAAGCCAAGUCUAGCAAGAAAACGUCAGAACUGAAGUUCAUGCAGGAUGCAACAAAGGAACAGGUUCAGGUGCUUCCGACUGCAUUAGCGGAGCUUCAGAGGCGAGUCCUUAAGGCAGAAGCAACUCUUGAACAAAAAGAAGAGGAGAAUGCUGCAUUGAGAGAGCAACUCCGACAGUAUGAGACAAAAUGGUCGGAUUACGAGGCGAGGAUGAAAUCUAUGGAGGAAACGUGGCAAAAGCAGAUGGCGUCCUUGCAGAUGAGUCUAGCUGCUGCAAGAAAGAGUCUCAUAACCGAAGAUCAUAAUUCAGUCCCGACGAGAAAAUUCGAGGCUCCCAAUUCCCCUCGUGAUUACGACUCCGAAGAUACCGCCUCCAUGGGAUCUCGGACUCCAGUAGGAACUGGAAGCAUGCCACUCAAGUUUUCCGCUGCUAUUCCCGACAUCCGAUCUGGUCGGGAGACCAACACCAAUGGAACCUUAACUGCUGUCAAUGAUCUCAUCAAGGAGUUCGAGCUAAGGAAGCAGACAUUCGAUGAGGACGCCCGAUCUCUGGGCCAGGAGGGACAUAAACCCUCAGAGCUUUUGGCCUAUAAUGCUAAUCCCGAGGAGGAGCUCAGGAAGCUGAAGGCGAGAUUCGAGUCUUGGAAGAAGGACUACAAGGUGCGGCUGAGGGAGACCAAGGUGCGGCUCCACAAGCUCGGGCACUCUGACGCUGAUAAACGCCGUAAGUGGUGGGGGAAGAUGAGAUAAUUACCAUUGUCUUGCAUGUGCUCAUGCCCGUCUGUAACUCGUAGUACUGACCGCGGUUUCCCUUUGGGUGGCUUAGAGAGGUGGAAGAUAACUGACCCAAAAAGGGCUUGCUUCGGUCCCACUCUUCCCAUUCUAAGCAUCCCGGCCGGGGUUUGUAGGGAUAGUUUUUAGAGGAGGGUGGAUAGAGAGGUGUGUGUCCCUACACCUCCCGAUCUUCGACAAUCGGGAAGUGAUGGCGAUGAGAGUUUUGUGUAUAGCAAAAAUAGUUUAUUGUUUAUGUAGGUUGUAAAUUCUGUUGUUUGUUAAAUUAAUGUUACUAAGCCUUCUGUA